UCUCUUGUAUAAUUUUUGAUACAGAAUAUUUAAUGAACUUUAAAAGUGAUAUAAUUAAGUGUACUUUGGAACAAAAUACUGUCUAAAAGUUUGAUAAAUAUUUCGUAUAUUGAGGAUAUAAUUUUGCACGCUUAACAAAAAUGAAAAAAAAAAAAAAAAAAUUAGUUAUCAAAGUUAUUCAAUUCUUUUAAUGAAUUUAAUCCAGUGAUAAAAAUUGAUGAGCAUUUUUGUAGCACCACUUUCUAAAUCAGUUUAUUUCAAUUUCUGCCAUUUCUUUCGGGCAUAUUGACGUGUUUAAAGAGCGCCGAACGCCAGAACGACAGUCUAGCGUAUUUGACGUAUUGGCGCUAUCUACUGUAUGAAUUGAAUAUAGGGUAUUUAUUUACAAAAUACCGGAAAACAAAAUUACAUUAAAGUGUAGGAAAAAGUAUGAGUUAUUUAUAUCCAGGCGAUAAGAAACCGCCGACAAAACAAUUAGAAGCUAACUAACGCUAAAAAUACAUAUAUACACAGACAUGUUUGUAUAAUACAAGCGACAAGAAACUAGAGCCAAAGAAAAAUCGACAAUAAAAUUGAACGUCUACAGACCUAAAAUACGGAGGAGGUAGGGGAAGGUGGAGGUUGUUACGAGCAAAUAUAUAUUGAACUAAUCCUUUCCGCAUCCAAAACAAGAAUGAUUUACAAGACGGCGAUUGGUUUAAUCGCAUCACGUGACUAGGGAUCUCGAUUCUCAUUGGCUCUACUUAAUUAUCUUAUCCACGAUGCUACCUUCUAUUGUAUGCGUCAUAAACUUAAUUGAAUCAUAAAACAUAGAACUUUAAUAGAAAAUACAAAUGGUAAACAAAUACCUAAAUCCUUUUAUAUAAGUUAAUAUAAAAUUUAUUUACGCGAUACCAUGGAGUUUUGGCGCGUUCGCGCUCUACAAAGUUGCCAACACGCCAGACAGAACGAAAUGGCAGAAAGUAGUAAAAUGCAUUCUUGUUUAUUUUGUAUCUAAUUCUAUUCAGUUUUUUUAUAUUAAACUGUGCAAACCUUAGUUCUUAACUUAUGAAGAUAAAAAUGAAUGUUUUAUAAAUGCUACAGAAAAGAUAAUACGUAUAAUAAAAUGUCCCUGCAGUCUGUUUUGAAUGCAAAUAAAACCAUUUAAAUGUUCUGAAUGAGCAAGCGCUUUACUUAUUUUCGACAGCUAAAAGGGAACUCUGACAGACAGGAUAUUGAGACUGAAGAAGAACGCUGGGGAAAUCUUGCAAAAUAUGCUCCAUAUGGUCGCCACGGAGACACUAAGAAUGAUUUUACGAUAAUUCCAAGGCAGGAAGCAUAUACAAAGUAUUUCGAUUAUGAACAUGUGGCACAUGCAAUGUUCUAUGCUAGAGAUGAUAGAGUUCUAUGGUACAAACAGCCAGCAAGGGCAGCUGUUUUAAUGCAAAUGCGUUUUGACGAACGUCUUGGUUUUCCUGGUGGUCAUGUCAACAAUGGAGAAGAUACCGUGACUGGUCUUAAUCGAAAGAUGCAAGAAAAAAUUGGCCUUGAUAUCAAUAGAUAUGGUUUCACAGAAAACAAUUACGUUGUGACAUAUAUACAUGACAAAAAGAAAUUUGUAUUACACUUUUUUGCAAAGAAAAUAUCCUCUGAGGAAUUGAAGGACAUUGAGUGUAACUGUGUUUACGCGCAGGAAUAUGGCCGGGAGGCUCUAGGUUGCGUUCGACCACAUUUAUAUACGAAAGACGAUAAUAUCAAAGGAUUCCCGGCGUUUUUGUGUGGCCAGUUUGCGGGAAACGCUAAAGAGGAGCUGCUUUUUGGACUAGUACACGCACAGCUCUUUACCCAGCAGGAAACAAAACAAAUUUUAAAGUUUUCCGACGAAAUGUGUAAUAAUAUUAAUUUGUUAUAAUACUUUUAUAUUUGUCUCUAUUCAAAACAUUAAUGUACUAUAUAUACUCAAUUGAACGCCGUGUCUGAUCAUUUGUAAUUCGUAGAAUUUAUAAUUGAUAAAGUAAGGAUGGCCAGAAUGUGAUACUAGCUACGAUAUGCAAUGAUAUGUGCACAGUCAACAUCCGGUCGAAAACUGGCAAGUUUUUGGGAUCAAAUGUUGGCGCGUGUCUGCAAGUUUGUCAGACCGUCCGUCCAUCAAUCCGUCCGACUUGUUCCAUUAGUAUCAUUGUCAUACAUAAAU